ACCAUGAACCUCAAUAUCAUCGCUACAUUCGCAGUUUUGACUACAAUGCAAGUGAGGGUCCUAAGCAAAAGUCCAGAGAUACGCGUCCCUACAGGAGGGAAUGUAACCCUGGAAUGUUCCAUCAAAAGUGGUAUCACAGAGAAGUGGCAAUGGGUGUACUGGCGAAGGAAAAAUGAAACGAUCUACUCGCUCGACAUGGGAACUGGUACCCCAGAUAACGUUGCCAACGACACCCGAUAUGAGAGCACUAUUAGUUGUGCUAAGUGCUUCCUCAUCAAGAAACUGAAGGUGUCAGAUAGCGGGAUGUACCACUGUGAAGUUUCGACGAGUAGAACCAUCCAGUCCAAUAUCAUGGGCGACGACGUAUACCUACAGGUGUAUGCCACAGAUCAAGAGAUUCCUUCAACCACUUCCAGUGUUCCAUAUAAUACUUCUGAGAAGACAACAGCUCCACUGGCUAAAAAUGAAGAUAGAUUAAAAUUAUUAUCUCUAUUGAUUUUAAUCCCAAUCGUCGUUAUCCCAAUCAUGGUUAUCAUCUAUCGUGAGCGUUCACGUAUACAAGAGUGCAUUAACGGAAGAUGUAUGGCUGCAGGUAAAAGACGAGGAAACAAAAUGAAUUCGUCUGGUUCCCAUGACGAUCCCGAAGGUGCUCAAAGUGUUCCGUUGGUAAAACCCGAUGAAUCAUUGCGUAAAAAUGAUGAUUCUGGCUCAAAUGCACCGCAAAAACGAAUACAUGGACGUGAUGGAGAACAACAACCGCCGCAGGGAAAUGAUUCAGUGGAAUCCCAAAUUUAUCGCAGUGAAUCAACCCCAGAAUUUGAUGCUUCUCUAUUUCCAAAUAAGGAGAUUAGACUUAGCCUUGGCUAUGGGAUUGAUACGUUGGUAGACGACACAUUCGUGAUACUCGAGGAGAAAGAUGCCUGCAAAACAACAAACUAA